UUUAGCUUUAUGGCUAGGUUGGUUGGCUGUCGGUUGUUUUCGUGGUAGCUGCCCGGGGUUCCCACUUGUCGCCACUGAACUCCGUCAGUGCACAAUUGGACAUAACAGUGGUACACUAGCCGGACCACAAAUUACAGAUGGACCAGAAGGACCAGUCCUAUAUGUUUGCAAGUCUAACACGGCCUCACUCAGAGCAGCUGCUGCAAGGCCUCCAGCUCUUGCGGCAGGAUCAUGAACUAUGUGACAUUGUCCUGCGUGUGGGUGAUGUCAAGAUCCAUGCCCACAAAGUAGUGUUGGCCAGCAUCAGUCCUUACUUCAAGGCCAUGUUUACGGGUAACCUUUCAGAGAAGGAGACCUCUGAGGUGGAAUUCCAGUGCAUUAAUGAGACUGCCUUGCAGGCUAUUGUGGAAUAUGCUUACACUGGCACAGUAUUUAUCUCCCAGGAAACAGUGGAAUCUCUGCUACCGGCUGCCAAUUUACUCCAGGUUAAGCUUGUACUUAAGGAGUGUUGCAGCUUCUUAGAAAGCCAGCUUGAUGCUGGAAACUGUAUAGGCAUCUCCCGCUUUGCAGAGACAUAUGGCUGCCAUGACCUGUGCCUAGCUGCAACAAAGUUUAUCUGUGAAAACUUUGAGGAGGUUUGUCAGACAGAAGAGUUUUUUGAAUUGACAAGAGCUGAGUUGGAUGAAAUUGUGUCCAAUGACUGCCUCAAGGUAAUCACAGAGGAGACUGUAUUUUACGCCCUGGAAUCAUGGAUUAAAUAUGAUGUUACUGAGAGACAGCAGCAUCUUGCUCAGUUGCUGCACUGUGUUCGCCUUCCACUUCUCAGCGUCAAAUUCCUGACUCGCCUAUAUGAAGCAAACCACCUUAUACGAGACGACCAUGCAUGCAAGCACCUCCUCAACGAAGCCCUGAAAUAUCAUUUUAUGCCCGAACACCGGCUGUCCUAUCAGACUGUGUUGUCAGCACGACCCAGAUGUGCCCCAAAGGUGUUGCUUGCAGUUGGAGGCAAGGCUGGUCUGUUUGCUACAUUGGAAAGCAUGGAAAUGUAUUUCCCUCAGACAGAUUCAUGGAUAGGACUGGCCCCACUUAGUGUUCCCCGGUAUGAGUUUGGAGUUGCAGUGCUAAAUCACAAGGUAUAUGUGGUGGGAGGGAUCGCCACACACAUGAGACAAGGCAUCAGCUAUCGGAGACAUGAGAGCACAGUUGAGAGCUGGGACCCCGAAAGCAACACAUGGUCCUCAGUGGAACGUAUGGCUGAGUGUCGCAGCACGCUUGGGGUGGUGGUUCUGACUGGAGAACUGUACGCCCUGGGAGGUUACGAUGGCCAAUAUUACCUUCAGUCUGUGGAGAAAUAUGUCCCUAAGCUAAAGGAAUGGCAACCUGUGGCACCCAUGACAAAAUCACGCAGUUGCUUUGCUACUGCUGUGUUGGACGGCAUGAUCUAUGCUAUUGGAGGCUAUGGCCCAGCACACAUGAAUAGUGUGGAGCGGUAUGACCCUAGCAAGGAUGCCUGGGAAAUGGUAGCCCCCAUGGCAGACAAGAGGAUCAACUUUGGAGUAGGCGUCAUGCUCGGCUUCAUAUUUGUGGUGGGAGGACACAACGGAGUGUCCCACUUGUCCAGCAUUGAGCGGUAUGAUCCGCAUCAGAACCAGUGGACAGCCUGCAGGCCAAUGAAUGAACCACGAACUGGUGUGGGCUCUGCCAUUGUGGACAACUACCUCUACGUGGUCGGAGGCCACUCUGGGUCUUCUUACCUGAACACUGUCCAACGCUACGACCCCAUCUCGGACAGCUGGUUGGACUCAAGUGGCAUGAUGUACUGUCGCUGUAACUUUGGUCUGACUGCUCUUUGACCCAUGGCCCAGCCAGCUAGGACCCAAACAACUUAGACACAAAUACUUUUUUUUUUUAGUCUCCUCCUCUUUCUCCACAUUCAUCCUCCAGGUGCAGGUGAGCUUAGCUGCACACCUACAAGAACAUCUGAAAGCUUGCUGGGUGGAUGGAUGUGUGGGGCUAGCUGGCUGACUAGAGGAAAACCACAGUCAUGACUGAAGAGAUGAGUAAGAGCAUUAAGGUCUUGUGGACAAGAAAGAAAGAUAAUUGGAUGGCUAUCGGCAUAAGCACGUGGAGAUAACUGCUCCUCUGCUGCUGGGACCCAGUGAGGACUCUGAUCCGUGUCCCAGAGGAUUGUGAAAAAAAUCUGGUUGCUUCAAAAUUCUAAAUUGGCAGACAUUUUUGUUCUCCAUAUUAAGUUUGAAAGAAAGUUGUUGUUUUUUUUUCCCUGCUGCAAUCAGAAUUUUGUAACCAUUGCAGUUUGCUUGUGUUUUUGAGUAUGUGUUUGUUGAUUGUGUAGUGUGUAUGUCUGUGUGUGUGUGUGUGUGUGUGUGUGCUUGAGAGCUUACGUGCAUGUCAGAUAGGACUGUUUGUUUUUAUGUCUGCGUGCACAAUUGAUGUUCUUGCUCAGUGACGCAGAGUUCUGCAUCCAAAUCAGUGCUUCACAAAAAAAAAGAGCAAAGUUGGAGUCUUUAUAUUUUCCUCAAAGGGCUGCCUUUCUUGUGUAAAUAGUUUAAAUGAAAUAUAUAGAUAUAAAUAUAUCCUCUAGUGCAUUGCCUGUAAAUGUUUAUCUGCACUGGGUCACUAAUGGCUUCGCAAAUGCGAGUAGUUUGAUUCCCAGGGUCACUCUAGAUCCCUGAGUGUGUUUGCCACUUGUCUCUGCUUCAUCCUCAGAGCCAUUAAAAAUCCUGUGCUUCAGUUUUUGUUACAUCUCUCUUAGGUCGGAUCAUGCACUUGCUACUUUUCAGUUCAAAUCGACCUGUUACCUUUUGGUCUGUACACAAUACUAACUGGUGCUAUAUUUAGGAUUCAGGAUUCAGCUGUUUGUGUUGCCUCACUCCCGUCUGGUCAACCUCUGCUUAGCCUCUGCUACAUAAAUCCAUUAAAUGUUGUUUUUUGUGCAUUAUAAAUGCAUAGCGUCUAAAUAGCCCCUCACCAUGCAAUAAAAAGAGAUUUCUAUUAAAAGGAAAAGAUGGUAGUUGCACAACCACAAAUCUUUCUUCUGUUUACCAAAAAUGCAGAAGAUUUGGGCCUAAUUAAUUUUUUUUCUUCCUUUUUUUAAUAAAAACUCUCAAGAUUUAUAGAAACAAUACCCAAUGAUUGCACAUUACCCUCAUGUGUUCAGAUCUUACUUGCAGGUUUGAGGUGUCUUGAGGUCCAUGUCUUGACGUUAAGUGCCAACAUUAUUUAUUUGUUUAAAAAUCUGUUUUCAUCUUAGCAUUGCAACAUCCUUUGUGUGCCGCAAUGAAAACACUUGUCUGGGUUGCUAAUGUAUAAGCAUUACAUUCUUCCAAUUAGUCAUAUGGACAUGGAAGAUAAAGCUCCAAGGGCUGUGCAGGCCAACUCAGGCCAAGUUGCAGCUGUCAUCAGUCCUGUCUUCACAGAAAAAUCAGAGUGCCCCCCUGGGUGGGUGUGUGUGUGAUUCCACGGUUGCUGAGGGUGUCACUGUGCAGCCUUUGGCUUGCCUGCUAACACAUCAAGCACUGCGCAGCAAUAGCAGGGGCUCUUGACCAGGAGGAGGUUAGGUGUGGUGUGUUUAGCUGAGUCGUCAUUCAAGUCUUGGUUUGAGUUGCUUUGUGCACUCGUGCUUGCACAUGUGGAAACUAACAAAGCUCUGCAUUGCACUUAAACUGUUUUCACACAUUGUUAAAUGUUUAUAUGUUUUUGAGUUAAGCUAAUGGCGUUUAGAUGAUGCAAUAAGACCUCUGUUACGUCUAUGAAUGAACAUGUUUUGUGUUUGUCUCUUCAAAAAGCCAAGGGAUCUCAUAUUGCUGUAAGAGAACCCCCUCCCCCCACAUGACAUGCAGGCUGGUAAUGUAGACAUCUAAUAAAACAACAAAUGGUACCAUUAACCUCACUCAACCUAUCAGACAUCCUGUAUGGUCUUUUUCUUGUUCUCAUGCAAGUUCAUUUGUAUAUUGUUUGUUUAUUAAUGGCCAAAUUAGAGGUUAGCACUUUUAAAACUGUUCAGCUGUUACCACAUAAGAAGUCUUGUUAACACUACACAGAUGUACCCUUUUACUUUUCCCCAACCUCCGAUGUUGGAGAACCUAAAUGACAUUUGCCUUGCAAAUUGGUAAGGAUAGUCACUGGUGAGGCUCAAGGUUUGUUUUCAGUUUGAAUUCUGGUUUGUUGAAAUGCAAAAGUAACCCACAUUUCUGCAAAUGUGUAAUUUAAAAACAUGAUUGUUUUUGUAUUGUUUGUCAUGUUCUGUAACCCCAUUUGUAAUAUUAAUGUAAUAUUUAGUUUAGUAACUUUAGAACAGCACAAAUCACGCGGGCGUAACUAAGUGCUGCUGCCAUGAUUCAUCUAGCAUUAAUAUUAUGUGUAUUGAUUUUUUUUUUUUGUUUUUGGUGUAUAUUAACUACUAAGUCAUUGUGCUUUGGAGAAAAACUGACAAAUCUGCAAAAAGAAUGGAUGUUUGAGUUUGUUUUUUUUUUUUUAGUUAAAGCCUAACUGUCAUGUUUUGUCACCACUCUCACCAAAGUGCUUGUACAAAGAAAGCAGAGGGAUGACUUAACAGCUGGUCUGCAGUGGGCUGUCACUCUUAAAUUUUGUGUUGAGAGAAACUCGUGUGAAACUGAUGUCAAUGUUAGCCAAAAUGACCACUCUUCUUUUACAUUUUCCAUUGUAUGUCUGAAGUAUGGUGAUUAUCUUGAAUUUUAUAUCCUGUGGACUAAUGCUGGAAGUACAAGAUAACAUGGGUGUAAAAAAAAAUUGUAGCUUUUCACAUUUUAUCACAUUUGAUUGAAGACAUUUUACAUACAUUUUAGUCAGUUUGUGUGGUGCCGUGGUACCCAGUUUGAAAUAAAUGCCUGCCUUAAAAGGUA